AUGAACGUCGAGAUGUCAACUCCUUAUUCCCUUCUUCGCAACUCAAUAGUAAGGAAAACUUCAAUUGACAAAGUAGUCCAAAAUAUUUAUGAAGAAAUAAGCAAGCGCGCCACCACAAUUGACACUAUUGCCUAUAGGCAUAUCCCUAAGAUAGCCCAAUAUGGGCGAGGGAUAGAGGCCAAAACUUUCCAUUGGGUCUGACCAACUCAGAUUAGCCAAACCAAGUGGAAGGAGGCUCAUUCGCCACUUACCACUUGGUUUGACCAACUUGAGUUGUUCAGACCAAAUGGGAAGUUUUAGUCUCUAUCCCUCGCCCAUAUUGGGCUAUCUUAGGGAUAUGCCUAUAUAUUCUAUACUGACUGACCCAUCAGAAGAAGUUUUAUUUAUAGGAGGGGAUGGGACUAUUGAUGUCUAUCGGUUGUCUAAUUAUGAAAAACUUUUCACGCUAAAAGGCCACCAACAAGAGGUCAUUGCGCUGGCGAUAAAAUCUGAUAACUCGUGCUUGUUUUCAGGCGGCAGAGAUAAAACUAUAAGAAGAUGGGAUAUGACGAAUAGAAAUAAUAAGGUUUUAUGCCUUGUAAAAAAAAUUAUAUGUCUAUAUAAAAUUUGAUAGUCUAAUUUAUAGGGAAAUCUGGCUUUAAAAUACCAGAAAAAGACUUUAUAUAUAAAAAAUAGUAUAGAAGGCCACGAAGACGCGAUAUCAGCACUUGUCCUGGUUGAUGAUAACAAGCUAAUAUCCUCAAGCAUAGACAAAACUAUGAGGAUUUGGGACUUAAUUAACAUGAAACUGGAAGCAAAGCUAGAGGAAGAAGAAGAAAUCUACUCAAUUUCAUACACAAAGGUAGGAGGACUGAUAGCAGCAGCCUGUGAGGACUCUUCAAUUAGAAUUUGAAGCCUUGGAAAGCUGCAAAGAUUAUCAAUAUUAACAGGCCACAGAGAUAAAAUUAUAUCCCUCGCCUUUUUGCCUGACGAAAGAUAUAGAACUUUUUCUUUAAUAGCGCGAUAAAGCGUGCAUCCUGGUUUCACUAAAAGGUCUUUGGACCAUGAAAAUUUGCUAUUCCUUCUCCGUAAGAGAUGAAAAUAGUGGAAAUGAAGAGUUCUGCCCGAUCCAGCUUCGAUAACUGGAAGGGAUUUUUUUGUUCUGAAUUAAGAAUACCUGAGUUAUUGUGGAAUUUUUAUUUCUUGCAAAAAUUUUUAAUUUUGCAAUUUAAAUUGUUUUGACGAGCCAAUUCUGGCCAGUACUUGGAAAAAAAUUUAAUGAUUCCCAUAAUUUUUAAUUUUCUGAUGACAAGGAUAAUCAGAAAUUUUAAUAAAUGGCAUAGGAUCAGAAUGUCUGAACUUUAGAAUAUAAUCAAUGAUAAAAGGCAAGUUUCACAUAUUGGAAGGUAGGACUAUAUUAGUAAAAUUAAAUUAGAUAUUGACUAUGUACUAAAAUUUUUAAUGCAAGUAGCAUUAUUCGAAAUAAAUUUAAUUUUAUAAAACUUUACUGAAUAGUUAAUUUUAGUAUUUUAAAAAGUUUCUAAAAAUGAAUUUGUGCUCGAGUCCAGAAAGCGGAAAAUGAAGGAAUUAAAAGGCUGUUUUUAAAUUUUUGAUGAUCAGAAAUUUUAUUUAUUAAUAAAUUUUAAAAAAAAAUAAUUAUUUUAAAACAAUUUAAAAAAUUAGUAUUUUAUUUUAAAAAUAUUUUUUUACAAAAAUUUUUUUAAAUUGAUAUAAUUAUUUUAAAAUUUUAUUUUUUAACAUUUGAAAAAAAAUUUAAAAAUAUUAUAAGAAGAAAAUUUUAAUAUCAUUAGUAAAGUUUGUAAAGAACAGCAAGCGCAUAGCACAAACUUUGGCUUUUAUAAAGCAGUUAAUUAUAAUUAAAUUGGCAUCAUUCAUCUAGAAAUCUAUCCUUCCGUUUAAAAAAAACACAACUCGAUCAACAAGUUUUUAAUUAUAACUCCAUUUUAAUUUUCUAACGAAAAACCAUAUGAGUCAUUACUAAGUUCGUAAAGAACAACAAGCGCUUACUCCCCCCCCCCUCCGUGAGUGAACAAAAAAAUUUUGUUCACUCACGGAGGGGGGUUAAUUUUUUUUUUUAAAAAAAUUUAUAUAUAAAUUUUAUAAAAAAUAUUUUUUUUCGAAAUUUAAAAAAUCCUAAUUCACAAAAAUUGGAAAGCAAAUAUUAAUUUAAUUUAUAAAUUUAUGUUUUAAAAAGCAAUUCGUUUAAAAUUAACAGAAUUAGCUCUAGAUUUCAUUAUACUAAUUAUCAUUUAUAUAUCAAAAUUUUUUUCCAUAAAAAAUUUUUCUAUUAAAAUAAUUUUUGUUCACUCACGGAGGGUGGUUUUUUGGGCAAAAAUAGGAAUUUUUCUAAUGGUUUUGUUCACUCACGGAGGGGGGGGGAGUUAGCACAAACUUUGGCUUUUAUAAAGCAGUUGAUCAUAAUUAAAUUUGCAUCAUUUAUUAAGAAAUAUAUCCUUCCUCAAAAACACAACUCGAUCAGCAAGUUUUUAAUUAUUAACUCCAUUUUAAUUUUCUAACGAAAACCAUAUGAGUCAUUACUAAGUUCGUAAAGAACAACAAGCGCAUAGCACAAACUUUGGCUUUUAUAAAGCAGUUAAUUAUAAUUAAAUUGGCAUCAUUCAUCUAGAAAUCUAUCCUUCCGUUUAAAAAAACACAACUCGAUCAACAAGUUUUUAAUUAUUAACUCCAUUUUAAUUUUUUAAUUCAUAUCAUCUGUGACUUUAAAUAUGAAAAUACCCCUCAGGGAGCGAGUUUCUAUGAAAAAUUAAGUGUUGAAUUAUUUAUCAAUCCAGCAGCAUAAUUAAUUGAUAAUCAAAAAUUUAAAUCAACAUGACGCAUAUUUAAGCAAAGAUCUAACUCCCCCCCCCCCCCUCCGUGAGCGAACAAAAAAAUUUUGUUCGCUCACGGAGGGGGGUUAAUUUUUUUUUUUAAAAAAAAUUUAUAUAUAAAUUUUUUAUAAAAAAUAUUUUUUUCGAAAUUUAAAAAAAUCCUAAUUUGCAAAAAUUGGGAAGCAAAUAUUAAUUUAAUUUGCAAAAUUUAUGUUUUAAAACGCAAUUUGUUUAAAAUUAAACAGAAUUAGCUCUAGAUUUCAUUAUACUAAUUAUCACUUAUAUAUCAAAAUUUUUUUCCAUUAAAAUUUUUUCUAUUAAAAAAAUUUUUGUUCACUCACGGAGGGUGGGUUUUUUGGUCAAAAAAUGGCGAUUUUUCUAAUGGUUUUGUUCGCUCACGGAGGGGGGGGGGGGGGAGUAAGCGAAAUUAAUAACAUUUAUGCUUACUUUCACUAUUUUUUAAGUUUGUUUUUUUGAUCUUGUGCGAUUUAUUAAAAUUUCUGAUCAUCCUUAACAUCAGAAAAAUAAAAAAUUAUGACAAUUAUUUAUUUUUUUUCAUUUCAUGUGCUAGCCAGAAUUAACUCGUCAGAACCAUUUGACGAACCAAAACCUAUUAAAAUUAAAAAAUUUUUGCAAGAAAUAAAAAUUCCACAAUAACUCAGGUAUUCUUAAUUCAGAACAAAAAAUCCCUUCCAGUUCUCGAAGCUGGAUCGGGCAGAACUCUUCAUUUCCACUAUUUGCCUCUCUUAUGGAGAAGGAACAGCAGAUUUUCAUGGUCCAAAGACCUUUUAGUGAAACCAGGAUGCACGCUUUAUCGCGCUAUUGAAGAGAAAGUUCUAUACCUAAUAUCAGGAGGGUGGGAUAAUACAGUUAGAAUAUGAGACGUAAGUGAAUUAAGGUGUAUAGAUGUACUGGAAGGGCAUAAUGACAAAGUUUACUGUGUAGCUGCUACGCAUGACGCUAAAUAUUUUUUUUCUUCAGGAAGAGAUAAGUCAAUAAAAAUUUGGGAUGGUCAAAAUAGAAAAUUAGUAUGCAAUCUUGAAGAGUUAGGAGAAAGCACAACCACUAUGUUUGUGUCACAAAAGAAUACGUAUUUAAUAUGUGGAGCUGAUUCCAGAGUCUGAAUAUGAAGAUUAAGCGAGCAAUACAUUGAUUUCGAGCUUUCUGCACAUACAGGGAAGGUUACAUGUUUAUUAACAGUCCCAUCAAGUCCUGAAAAAUUAUUCUCUUACUCCCCCCCCCCCCUCCGUGAGCGAACAAAACCAUUAGAAAAAUCGCCAUUUUUUGACCAAAAACCCACCCUCCGUGAGUGAACAAAAAUUUUUUUAUAUAGAAAAAAUUUUAAUGGAAAAAAAUUUUGAUAUAUAAGUGAUAAUUAGUAUAAUGAAAUCUAGAGCUAAUUCUGUUUAAUUUUUAAACAAAUUGCGUUUUAAAACAUAAAUUUUGCAAAUUAAAUUAAUAUUUGCUUCCCAAUUUUUGCAAAUUAGGAUUUUUUUAAAUUUCGAAAAAAAUAUUUUUUAUAAAAUUUAUAUAUAAAUUUUUUUUAAAAAAAAAAAUUAACCCCCCUCCGUGAGCGAACAAAAUUUUUUUGUUCGCUCACGGAGGGGGGGGGGGGGAGUUAAUAAAGAAUAAGGCCAAAAUAUAAAAAAAUUAUUUUUUUUAUAAUAUUUUUCGAAGAUAGAAUAAUUUCAGCUGGAAAUGAUAGAACACUGUGCCUGUGAGGAAUCGAAGAUUUAAGCCUGCUAAAGCAAGGAAAAGGGCAUAAUGGCUCUAUUUGAACACUAGCUUAUAACAAAGAAAUCAACGCUGUAGCUAGCGGCAGUGAAGAUUGCUCAGUAAGAAUCUGAAAGAUAGAUGAACUUAACAGCGAAAUGGCACUAAUUGGCCACACUGACGCAAUUUUCUGCUUAAGUUUCUACAAUAAAGGAAAAAACUUAAUUUCAGGCAGCAAAGAUUGCAGUCUACGUACUUGGGACUUAGAAAAAGCAGUUGAGCUCAGAAAACAGCUAUGCGACGACAUAGUAAUCUGUACAGCUCUCUCACAUGACGAAAAUGUCCUAGUCGUCGGCUGUGGCUCUAACGUAGAAAUCAGAAAAUUUCCUUCUUUGCAGCUUAAGGUUUCAUUAAAAAAGCAUGACUUGCCUGUGACCACCAUUUUAAUGGUGCAGGAUACCCAUAUAAUUUCAGGCAGUGUUGACGGAAAAAUCAUUAUUUGGAGCAUUGAGCUCGAAAUGUUCGAAACCGUCCUACAGUCCCACACAGCAGAAAUCACCUGUUUAGCCAAAACUCAUAAUGACCGCUUUUUGAUUUCUUCUUCAAAAGAUGGAUUUAUUCGCUUCUGGGAUAUUACGUGGCGAAAAGAAAUAGCCUCAGUUCCUCUAGGAAGUCCUAUAUCAAGCGUCACCUUAUGCGCUGGAUUUUUAUUUGCAGGUAUGGGUAAAAGUGUCCUGGCUAUGAAAAACCCUCUGUCGAAACAGUCAAAAAUCAAGCUCUUUGGGCCAGUUCCUUAUUCUUUACCAUUAGCGAGGUAUAUAAAAGAAUUUAUUGAUGAUUCUGCACAUCCUCCUCAGUUUCGAGAAGAUAUGAAUAAAUGGACUAUUAUGCCAUGACGUAUAAAUAUGAUCCAUUUAUAUUGUUAUUAUGGAAAUGCAAAAUAUGUGAAGCAAGGAUUGUCAAGUGGCUGCAGCUUUAUUAAAAAUAAGCUGGAAGAGACACCACUAUAUAUGAGUAUGAAAAGGGGGAACCAGAACUGUGUAGAAGCCAUUGCAAAACAUGUAGCGACUGAGCUGGAAUUUUAUCCUGGCGUGCUUAAUAUUUUAGAAGAUGAGCUGCCAUUGUUAAAUUUAGCUGCCCCUAAGUCUUUACCAAUUUUUUACCAAAAAGUUUUUCAGCAGCCAAAACAGGUGCUUCCACCCUUUGGGAUCCCAAAAGGAAAAGUCCCCCUUUAUCAUCUGUCAAAAGCACCUUUAAUUGAGCCUAAACAUUUUAUCAAACAUAACAAGCCAGGGAGUAGCGAUACUUUUGAUGAGUCUCAUAAUGAAAAAAGGGUCGUUUUUAGGAUAUCAGCAUUCCGUAUGAAUUUUGAGAUGGGCUCUAAUCAGGGCAUGCAGUUUGUCAAAAGCUUGACAAAAUGCAAAAACGCUGAUGUCUUUGGGACUCCUUUUGUCCAAGGAUAUUUAUAGCCAAUUUUAUAAAUUUAUACAGGAAAUUAUUAAAAAUUAACUAUUUUUAUGUAAUAAAAUUAAUUUUCGGCAAAAUAGAGAAUAUAUUAUUACUACUUUGAGAAUACAAUAUAAAUGAAAUAUCGUCAAGAUUUUUUUACAAUGUCAAGCCAUUUUAUAUGCAAUUCUUAUGCUUCUUUUAAGCUUGCAUGUGAUAUAUAAAGACGAAUAUCCAGGACUUAUGGGAGGAAUUUUAGCUAUAAAUACCAUCUUUACAGUCUAUGAGGCUUUUCAAAUGACGAUUGGGCCUCUUUUAUAUCUGAAAAGCUACACAAACAUCCUGGACAUGCUUAAAGUUACUUUUAUUUAUAUUUAUAGCAUCAUUUAUUUCGCAGACUCUUCUUCACCUAUAUUUUUAGGCAUCGUCGUUGGGCUGGUAUGAACCCGAGGCUUCACCUAUUUUCGUGCAUUUGACCCAACCCGAUACCUAAUCCGAAUGAUUCAAGAAAUUAUAUUAGACAUCGUCCCCUUUAUGAUAAUCUUGGUAUUUUCUACCCUUGGUUUUUCAUUUUUAUUCAUAAGUCUUUCAUCAGAUAUCUCUUUUACUAGAAAAUUUAUUUAUUUGUUUUUUAAAAAUAUCAUAAUUCCUACACAAAAUAAAGCUAAUUUUUUUAAUAAGGCAGCUUAUUUUUCUUUAUAAAUAUAUGACUUUUAUAGACGCGUUUUUACAAGUUUAUCGCCUUGACUAUGGAGAUUUCGACACAGAAAGCUACACAACCUCUCAAUGGUUUUGCUUCUUAAUCGCGUCUGUAUUAAACCCUCUGAUUAUGCUGAAUUUAUUGAUUGCUAUUAUGGGAGACACCUACGAUAGAGUCCAGAAUUCCUUUUUAGUUGCAAAUAUGCAUGAAAUUGCAGAUGUAAUUUUAGAAUACGAGUCAUUGCUAUUUUGGAAGCGAAAUAAAACGAAAAAAAUGUACUUCCAAGGCUGCACAGUCUUUGAAAAAGAAUAUGUCCAAGACUCGUGGCAAGGAAAAGUGAGGGAAUUAAAGCUGCAGAUCCAAAAGCUAGAGACACUUACAAGUAGAAAUGAGGUAAAGAUUGACUCGCUUAGCGAUAACGUAAAAACGCAGCUUUCCAAGAUACGCGAGGACAAUAAAAUAAAAUUCGAAAGCAUAGAAGGCAAGCUUGAACUUCUGCUUGCCCGUAUGAGAAUAAACCGCUAA